UGGCUGCCUCUCGGUUAUAGCCCGCAUCAUAACAACCUACAACCCUAACCAACCGGUUUUUUUUUGUGCACUUAAAACAAGUCAAAGUCAAAUGCUUCUCCUGCGCACACGGGGCGCUGCUGCCAGCGGGCACCUCCCUCCUCGCACCUUGCUGAGUAACUAGCCCCAGAGCCCUGCCUGGAGGCGGCUGCUUCCCUGGAGGGCAAAGGAGAGAACGUGGGGCCGCACUAUGAAGGCGCUGAGCGAUUUCCUGGGCGCGCUGGGCCCCAGACAGGAUGGAACGCAGCCGGCGGCGGAGAUACCCGCAGCCGACGACGAGACGCUGUUACCACAUGAGAGAGAAUUUCAGCACGCUGCUAAAAUGAACAAUUUGGAAACCAUGGAGAAGUUACUUAGGAAGAAUGUUAACAUUAAUGCUGUAAAUACACUGCAGCGCACAGCUCUCCAUUUUGCUGUUGCAGGAAAUCAUAUAUCUACUGUGGAAUUUCUUCUCCAUCACAAAGCAAGAGUGGAUGUUGCAGAUAAGCACGGAUUGAUGGCGAUUCAUCUUGCAGCUUGGUCUGGAAACCUAGACAUAAUGCGAACGUUAGUUAAAGCAGGUGCUGACCAAAAGGCUACAGACCAGGAGGGAAUGAAUGUCCUGCACUUUGCAGCUCUGAACAAUAACGUUGACAUAGUGGAUUAUCUUCUCCAGGAACUUCAGCUGAAGGACCUAAACAAGCCAAAUGAGAAAGGUAAACGGGCAUUUCUUCUGGCAGCUGAAAAAGGCCAUGUUGAAAUGAUCUACAGUCUGAUUUCUCUCAAGCUGUUCACCUCUGAAAAAGACAAGGAGGGAAACACAGCAGUGCAUCUAGCUGCUAAAAAUGGUCACUGUGAGGUGCUGGAAGUUCUGUUAAAUCAAUGGGAAGAAAUAAAUGAACUCAAUCAGAAUGGAGAAACACCAUUUUAUCUGGCUGUUGAAGGAGGUCAUGAAAAAUGUGCGGAGCUGUUACUGGAAGCAGGAAGUGACAUCAACAUUUCAAAUAAACACAAUAGUAAUGCUUUGCACAUUUCAACACAGAAUGGACAUACAUCCUUGGUCACGUUUCUUAUCAGUAAAAAUAUCGAUCUGGUUCCUAAACCUGAGCAGAAUUCCCCUCUCCAUUUGGCUGUCCUCAAUAAUCACCUUCCUAUAGUAAUUAGCCUCUUGGAUGCUAAUCAUGAUAUAAACACCUUGAAUCAGAAGCAACAAACCCCUCUCCACGUGGCAGCUGAUCUUGGCAAUGUGGAACUAGUGGAACUGCUGCUAAAGGCAGGCUGUGAUCUCAAGAUUGCCGACAAGCAAGGAAAAACUGCUCUGGCUGUCGCAUCCAGGAGCAACCAUGCCCUCAUUGUUGAUAUGAUUAUUAAAGCAGAAAGGCAUUACACCUUGAAACAGGAACAUCUAGAAAACCAUGUUGAUGCACCAGAUUUUAUUCUAUCCUUCAAACAGGAUCACAGUGCACAGACUAAGCAAAUCCGUUCCUGCCUCUGGAAUCUGGCUUACAAUCAGUUAAAACCCCAAGAAUGGAAAAAGCUGGCCCUGUUCUGGAAGUUUACAGAGGAGCAAAUUAAAGCUAUUGAAGAACAAUGGACAGGAAAAAAAAGCUAUAAGGAAUAUGGACACCGAAUGUUGCUCAUCUGGUUACAUGGUGUAUUGCUGGCUCACCGGAAUCCAGUCAAACAUAUAUAUGAAGAUUUGGUGCAUGUAGGAUUUCAACAAGUAGCUGAGAAAAUCAGAGCUGAAAGGAGCACUGAGAUGGAUUCGAGGAAAUGUGCAGUUUCAUGAACUUUUUAACAGAAGCUGUCAUAGGCUGUAAAAGCAGCAAAGAGUCCUGUGGCACCUUAUAGACUAACAGACGUUUUGGAGCAUGAGCUUUCGUGGGUGAAUACCCAC